AUGGACGGGACUCUUUCCGAGCUGCUGGCAGCGUUUUUGGAGUCGCCACUCGUGUUGUGGGUGCGGACAUUGGGUCCACUGGGGUCAUGUGACAAUGUGGGCUCAGAGGAGCGUGUCAACAUGUUCGUCGAGCUUGUGGAUGGAGUCUUCCUGCACAAGAUUAUGACACAAAUUGACCCCAGCCCAAACAACCAGAGGCUGAACAAGAAUGUGAACAAUGAUGUGUCGCUUCGCCUUCACAACUUGACCCUUCUCACGAGACAUAUAAGGACGUAUUACCAGGAGACGCUUCAGCAGUUAAUAGUGAUGCCUCUUCCGAACAUUCUCUGCAUUGCCAGGGAUCCCUUAUCAGCAAAAAGCAUGGAAGAGCUAAAAAGAAUUUUACUGUUGAUACUUGGCUGUGCUGUCCAGUGUGAGCGAAAGGAGGAGAUGAUCGAAAGGAUCAAACUGCUAGACAUUGAGACCCAGGCGGCCAUCGUCUCUCACAUUCAAGAAGUAACUCACAACCAGCAGAAUGUUCUCGACCUUUCAUGGCUGGAGGAAGGAGCAGGGCUUGCACAGGAAGCACUAGAACCAUUGUCACGCAGCAUGGCUACGUCUCUACAGCAUCUGGUUGAGGAGAGAGAUAAGGCCAGUGAGGUUAUUGUGGAUCUAACCCAGGAGAGGGAUUACUUGUCCAGCUUGUAUCCCCAGGGAAGGCAAGAACAAGUGAACACUGGCGGCGUGGUAGUGAAUAACAAAGGAUCGGCCUCGACUGUGGUUAGCCUUACCAAAGAAGAGAAGCAACAUUUAUCUGUGGAGCUUGCUGAUACGAAGGCCAAGCUUCGUAGAUACAGACAAGAGCUGGAAGAGAAGACUGAGCAAUUGAUGGAUUCCAAACAUGAGCUGGAGCAUCUUGAUCAGGAGCUUCAGAGAGUUAAACAAGAGAACCAGUCACUGUCCUGUGAGGCUCGCUCUGUACGAGUUUAUCGGGAUGAGGUUGACUCCUUAAGGGAGAAAGCGGCCCGGGUUGACCGACUUGAAACUGAAUUGACCCGAUGUAAAGAGAAGCUAAAUGAUGUGCACUUCUACAAGACAAGGGUGGAGGAGCUUCGUGAAGACAACCUGACACUUAUGGAGACAAAGGUGUUGCUGGAGGAACAGCUGUCAGUCUCUAGAGGCCGCUGUGAGAAAGUUCAUGCUAUGGAGAAAGACAACCUGCUACUACGAGCUAAAAUACAUGAUUUGGAAAUGGAGAGGGACAAUGAGCGCCGGCGGCUAGAGGAACUGGUAGAGGAGAACAUGCUCCUGGAGAUUGGACAGAAACAGAGUAUGAACGAAUCGGCUCAUUUGGGAUGGGAAUUGGAACAGCUCACCAAAAACCAAGACAACUCUAACUCAGACACCCGGAAAUCUUUUGUCCAUGAGCUGAAUGAAUGUGUCUCCAGUCGUGUUUUGAAGUUGGAGAAAGAGAAUAGAGAGCUUCAAACCUCUAUUGAGAGACUAAAGGAGGAGAAUCAUCACUUGCAGGAGAAACAGCUACAUAGCCAAGAACUGGACAGGGAGAACCAAGGUCUAAGUAAAAAGUUGGAGCGUCUCCAAGGCUUGUUGGACCAGGAGAAACUGACCAAUCAAGAUAUGGAGUCUCUUGGAGAAGACUUAUUGAAGGAAAAACAAAAUCUGGAACGAGAAAUGCAUGCUCUAAGAGCAGACAAAGACAGAAAGAUUUCAGAAUUGGAGAGUGAGAAGCAACAUCUUUCUGACGCUAUGGCGUCACUUCGCGAGCGUGCUCAGUCUCACAGUGAAACAAGGGUCCGUGAGGUGGAGGCAGAGAAUCGCCUCCUACACCAAGGCAUUAUUGAAACCAGUGCCCGCUUAGCAAGCUUGGAAACUCAACUCAUGCUUUCUAAAGAAGAAGCAGACCGAAUGAGGGAGAAGUCAGGAAGAUGCGAUGAAGUAGAAAUUGAGAUGGCCAGGAUGGAGAGAAGUAGGGAUGCUCUUCAGAGAGAGGUGACAUCUUUGCGUGCAUGCAGUGAGAGCUCCGAGUUUCUCGAGAAACAGGUGUCCUCCCUAGAGCAGGAGGUGCAUCGAUUGAAACGUGAAGCGGAGGAGGCUCAGCAAGGGCUGCAGCAACUCAAGAGACAAGAAGUAGAAAAUAGCCUUUUGACCAAGGAAAACUUGGACCUCCGCUGCUCUGUGGAAAAUCUCCGCUCCUCAUCCUCUUUGCUCACCAAACAACAGGAAGAAUAUAAGGAGUUGCAGAAAGAAUUGCAAGAGCUACAGAGCAGGCUGGAAGAGGUUGGAGUGGAGCUCCAAGGAGAGAGGAAGCGAGCAGAGAGGCUGGAAAUUAAUCUUGCCACACUAAAUCAGGAGAAGCAUAGUUUGGAGGGGGAUACGGAGAAGUUAAGAGAGGAAAAGGAAGAAAUGGAAAGAGAGAAGCAGGAAACCUUGAGUAGGCAGGAAGAGCUGAGGAAGGAAGUAGAAGAUCUUAGGCAGGAGCAGAUGAGGAGAGAGGAAGGUGACAAGGAGAGGAGGAAGAUCCUAUUAGACCUGGAACAGUCUGAGAAGGGAAGGAAGCACCUGGAGAAAGAAUGUUGGAGGAACAAAAUUCUACUAGAAGGUAAAGCGGCAGAGCUGGAAGAGAAAGCUAGCCAGUUGACGGUGGCAGAGAAGGAGUGUAUCGAUUUGAGAAAAGAGGUUAAUAUGCUUAUGGAAGUUGGAGCCAAGGCCAAAGAGUUGGAAAGGGAGAACAAGGAGUUGAACAAACAGGCAACCAUUGACAAAAGAACUUUGGUUACCCUGAGAGAGGAGUUAGUGUCAGAGAAGUUGCGAGUCCAACAGCACAGUGUUGAGUUAGAAAGACUCAAUGAAGAAUUGGAAAAGGUUGGACUGAACAGAGAAAGACUACUACAGCAGGAGCACAUGCUGGAAGACAGCAAGUACAAGCUGCUUGAAUCUCGACUGGAGGAAACCGUCCAGCAGACAAUGAAGAUCAAAGAAGGGAAAAUCUCUAAUCUGGAGAAGAAACUGGAAGAAAGCAACACACUCAAUGCUAAACUAAGCACUGAGCUCGCGACUGCUCUUCAAAAAAUGUCUGGUUUGCAUCAGCAACAGGCGAAAGCAGAAAACCAAAACUCCCAUGGGGGCUCAGAAGGAGAUGGGCGGAGAGGCUCAGCCACCGCUGAGCUUCUCCGAAUUCAAGAUCAUCUCAUUGAGGUAGAAAAGAAUAAUGCCUCACUUCAAACUCAGAGCAGUUUGCUGAAGGAGCAGCUCAAACAACAGGAGAACCAAAACUGUUCACUGAACAACCAGAUGGCGACACUGCAGCGACACACCACAACACUGCAGGAACAGAAUUCAGCUCUGCAUACUCAGACGGCACAACUUCAGGUGGAAAACUCCACUCUGUCUUCCCAGAGUGCGUCUCUCAUGGCUCAGAAUACCGCAUUGCAAGGCCAAGUCACCGCCUUGGAAACUGAGUUGGAGUCAUGGCAAAGACAGCGCAAUGAGGCAUGGCGAGCGAGAGAAAGCGUUCUCAAUGACCAUGAGCGUCUGUUGAGCGUUCACGAGAGGCAAGCGCAUGAGUACGAGCAGUUGAUCAGUCAACACACUGCUCUGAAAGUCAAGCAGAGGACACUAGAGAGUGAACAUAGAACAAUGCACAGCAAGUAUUGCGCUUUGUCACAACAGAAAGAGAAAUGGGAGGAGUUAGAAGGGCGGGGUCAGAAGGAGAGGGAAGAGCUAACCCUGGAACACGAGAAAAAUCGGCUACUGCAACAAGAAAACCUCCAACUCAAGGCUGAAGUUGACAGGAUGUCACACAGCAAAUCCCAACAAUCUGAGCAAUGCAAUAAACUACAGCAGCAGAUGGAUGAACUCAAGAGCUCAUUUAGUACCGCUCAACUGGAAGUAAAUCGUUGGAUGGCGCGAUACGACUCGCUCAUGGAGCAACACCAGGGCCUGGAUAUUACUAUGACCAAACUAGAUAACCACUGUGAGCUAUUAAGUCGCUUGAAAGGGAACCUAGAAGAAGAAAAUCAUCACCUCCUGAGUCAGAUAAACCUUCUGAGUCAACAAAACCACACUCUUCUGGAGAGAAGCAUGGAGAGCAAAGAGCUUUAUCAUCAGGAACAAAAACUCUAUAUUGAUAAACUGAACGCUCUUCGCCGCCAGAAAGAGAAAUUAGAAGAGAAGAUCAUGGACCAAUAUAAGUUCUAUGACCCCACACCAAAAAAGAGGAGUCAGUGGUCUGGCGCCAAAGCUUUAGCCAAACUCAUCAAACCAAGGAAGGAGCGUAGCAGGGAGCGAGGUGGUGAAGGGAUCCAAGAGAAGGACUGGGCAAAGACUGCACCCGACAUCCCCCUGCCUGCCCCUCCACCCUUGCUCCCCCCUGAAACCCCACCUCCAUGUCCUCAGAGAAUAGGAAGUGACUCCCGGGACAACGGCCACACCCAUAGUAAACAUAAUAACCACAGCAACAGCCCUAGUCUGGGCCUCCAGAGUCCAGUAUUGACGCCCAUCAGCCGAGGUCCGACUGACCGAGGACGAGGUGUCUAUCGGUGCAGCACACCAGGAGGCAGCAGUGAGAGUGUCAACGGAGAGGUUGGACAAGGCCUAGCACAGACCCACAAAGCCCUCAGUUCCACCCCAAGCCAUCAAUCAUCAUGCAUCAGCAAUACUCAACUGGUACAAAGCGCCAGCUGCAGGCCCAGAGGUGUGUUCUUCGAUGAAGACACAGAUACUGUAUUUGGUCCACGUGGUCACAUGGGAGGUCGUCCUGGAUCAGCUGAUUUUAGUCAGCACACCUCCAGUUCAAAUUCACCGAUUAACUGCAAAGAUGCAACCGACAGUCACCUCCGGUCGUCGAGCCUGUCCAGUGAUGAUGUAAGGGGUCUCAGCCAAUCGCAGCUAGCCUUGUCACGCAGUGCAACCCUCCCAUAUGAUCACACACCCCAGCGGGCCCAACCACAGCGCGGAGGUGGGAUUAGGAGUAGGGCUCGUCCUUCAUCUCCUGGAAGUGAGAUGGUAACACUGGAGGAGUUUUUGCAAGAAAGCAACCAGAAAUCACCACAAAUGGUUUCAACGGGAAGCAGAGAGGACUUAAUGACAGAAUAUUUCACCAGAAGUCCAGCCUCCACAGCUCCCACCAGCAGAGAUCAAGUCACCCCCACUAGCUACGUUACUCCCACCGUCCAUGCAUCUAACCAGAGGCCAGGCCAAAGUGUUAAGCCAUCUUCCCGGCAGCCUGUCAGCCAAUCCCAAACCUCUGGGCGAUCCCCGACCCAAAGAAUUAACCAGUCGCUGAGCAGAACGUUCAGCCUUGCCUCUGCUGAUUUGCUUCACUCUAAUGGGCCGGACAGUUUUCACGGCAAUGGAGGCCCCCAAAACCAAUCUGAUGUGGUGAUCCGUAGACAAGGAGGAGGAGCUAAUGGAAGAGAAAGACCGCUGUCUGCCCGUUUAGCCAGCUCAACCAAUCAGCAGCGAGAUGGCGGCAUCUUGAACUCACCCAUUCACCAUUCAUCUUCUCUCACGCUACAGACAGAGCGAUAUGUCGAGAGAGAGCGGGAUAGAGGACGGACUCCCGUGACGCAUAACGGCUCCCCGUCAUCUUACCAUCACCGUGGGGAGGUUGCCAUGGUAACCCCUGUGAGGGCUGUGCCUGCUGUUCAGAUGGACGACGCCUUGGAAGACGGACAGGUGUUAAGGGAGGAACACUCAGGUGACCAAAAGAAAGACAAUGAGAGAAUUAGAUGUAAAUCUGUAGAACGCCCAAAAAGCACACCCUCGUCUCCUGAUCCCAACAACGAUCCCCAGACUGUGUGGUAUGAGUACGGUUGUGUCUAA